AUGGUGAAAGCUUUCCGUUCCUACAAAGACAGAUACAAUAUUCAACAACCAGAAGACAACUUCAAGUUAGUUGUCAUUGCUAACAGGAAUAAAGAUGCUAGAACACAUAACAUGCCAACAUCAACAGAAGUUGCAGCAUUGAUUCCGGGAGAUUUUCAAGAAGGAAUGGAUUUACGAGAUAUUGUAUUAGAGACUACACACGGAAACCUCAGAAGAAUUAGUGAAAUCUAUGUGGGUUAUCUAGCUCUUCAGUAUCCAUUAUUAUUUCCAUUUGGUGAGGAUGGAUUCACCGUUGGAAUUGAAGACGGUUUUGAUGACGGCAACAAACGGAAACGGAAAACUAUAAGCAUGCGAGAAUUCUAUGCUUAUAGGAUUCAAGAUAGGUUAAUGGAAUCUCAGUCCGUAAUUCGGUUUAAACGAUUGUAUCAACAGUUUCUGGUUGAUGUGUUUACUAUGAUAGAGUCUAGCCGACUUCGAUAUUUCAGGAAAAAUCAGAAGAAGCUUUGUUCAGACAAGUAUGUGAAUCUGGUUGAGGCUGAAAAGGAAGGAAACUCUGAUUUAUCCAACAGAGGUAUGUAUACUAUUGAAUUCCAAAAAAGAGGACUUCCACAUGCACAUAUUCUACUAUGGAUGGCUGAAAAAAACAAAUUGUCUACUGCUGAAUCUAUUGAUAAGGUUAUUUCUGCUGAGAUUCCUGACAAAGAUACUGAUCCUUCUUUGUAUGAAGUAGUGAAGCAAAACAUGAUACAUGGACCUUGCGGAGUGAUUAACAAAAGUAGUCCAUGUAUGGUCAAUGGGAAGUGUUCUAAGCUAUUUCCAAAGAAAUAUUGUGAAAGAACUACCAUUGACAACAGAGGCUUUCCACAUUAUAUGAGAAGGAAGACUGGCGCAUUUGUUGAGAAGAAUGGUCUAAAAAUUGACAACAGUUUUGUUGUGCCUUAUAAUAGAGAGCUAUCAUUGCGAUAUAGAGUCAAUGUGGAAUGGUGUACUCAGGCAAGGUCAAUCAAAUACCUGUUCAAAUAUAUCAACAAAGGACCUGAUCGUGUUCUAGCUACUAUUGAAAAUGAUUUAAAUCAAGGCGCAGAUUCUGAUGCAUGCGCCAAUGUAGAUGAAAACGGCGAGGAUACUACAGAUGAAAUUAAGGAGUUCUUCGAUUGCAGAUAUGUUUCUUCAUGUGAAGCUACAUGGUGUUUGCUAGCAUUUCUAAUCCAUUUUAGGACAACUCCAGUGGAGAAACUCUAUUUUCAUCUAGAAAACAAGCAAUCAGUACUUUUUGACGAUGAUGAUCCAGUUGAAACUGUUCUAAAUCGCAGGUCAGUACAGAGCUCAAUGUUAUUAGCAUUUUUUGAAGCUUGCAAUAAGUAUCCAGAAGCUGAAAACCUAACAUAUGCUGAGUUUCCUACAAUGUUUGUUUAUGAUCGUACAAAUAUUGAAUGGAAACCAAGACAACAGAAAAAUAGGUUAGCUGUUGGUAGAAUAACCUAUGUACCUCUUAAAUGUGGCCAAUUGUACUAUCUUCGUGUUCUACUCAACCGACACAAAUGUCCUAAGGGGUUUGAUGAUUUGAAGACAGUUGAUGGUGUUUUACAUCCUACAUACAAAGAUGCAUGUUAUGCAUUGGGUUUACUAGAUGAUGAUAGAGAAUAUAUAGAUGGGAUUAAUGAAGCAAGCAUGUGGGGUUCUGGUGACUUCCUUCGAAAGCUGUUCUGUGUUAUGCUAUUGACUGAUAGCCUAAUUAAUCCAUUUGGAGUUUGGGAAGAAACUUGGAAUUUGCUAUCUGAUGAUAUUCUUUACAGAAGAAGAUCUAUUGAAAACAAUCCAGAACUGGACCUCUCUGAUGAACAGCUCAAAAAUUACACAUUGGAUGCAAUUGAGACUAUACUGCGAAGCAAUGGUUGUUCUCUUUCAAAUUAUGAUGGAAUGCCUUUGCCGGAUGGAGAUUACAACACAGCUGGUAUCAAUAGGUUAAUAUACGAUGAAAGAAACUAUGAUAGAGAAGAAAUGAAGGCUAUCGUAGAAAACAUGCUUCCUGGUUUAACUGACGAGCAGAUGAAUGUCUAUAAAGAGAUCAUGGAAGCUGUCACAGAAGAUAAAGGAAGAGUAUUUUUCUUAUAUGGGUUUGGUGGUACUGGAAAAACUCAUUUAUGGAAACUAUUAUCCGCUGCUGUUCGUGCUAGAGGUGAAAUCGUUUUGAAUGUUGCAAGUAGUGGAAUAGCAUAUUUGUUAUUGCCUGGUGGUAGAACCGCACAUUCCCGUUUUGGUAUACCAAUAAACCCAGAUGAUGACACUACUUGCAAUAUUCAACCUGGAACAGACUUAGGAAAUUUGGUUGCUGAGUCAUCUCUUAUCAUAUGGGACGAGGCACCUAUGAUGAGUAGAUAUUGUUUUGAAAGUUUGGAUUGUACUAUGCGUGACAUUAUUAAGCGUCAUAAGGAGAAACCAUUUAGAGGAAAAGUUGUUGUGUUUGGUGGUGAUUUUAGACAAAUUUUGCCAGUUAUCAGUGGUGGAGGAAGGGAAGACAUUGUUAUGGCUUCUAUUAAUUCGUCAUAUUUAUGGGAUGAUUGUAAGGUGCUCAAGCUUACAAAAAACAUGAGGCUUUUGGCUAAUCUUGAUGAAAGCGUAGCAGAGGAAAUCAAAUCAUUUUCAGAAUGGAUUCUUAAAUUUGGCGAUGGUAAAAUUAAUCUACCAAACACCGGAGAAGUUAUGAUCGACAUUCCUGAUGAGCUUCUAAUAAAAGAAUGUGAUGAUCCCAUUCAAUCUAUUGUCGAGGAAGUUUAUGGUUUAAGUUUUGAAGAGCAAUCCGAUCCUCACUUUUAUGAAGAAAGGGCUAUUUUGUGUCCAACUAAUGACGAUGUUUGCCUCAUCAACGAUUACAUGCUUUCUAUGUUGACAGAAGUAGAAGAUAUAGAUCCUGUCGGUGUUGAAAUUGUACAAGAUUUUGUUUCAUUUUCUGAUGUGCAUGGUGAUAAAACAGAGCCUGGUCUUCCUAUCGAUAUUCACGGUUUUGUUAUCAGUAUUGAUCCUCUGGUCACUGUAAAUGAUGAUUCCUACCCUGAGAGACAUGAUAAGAAGACUACCAGUAUAUCAUUCACUUUGAAGGAUUACAAGGGGUUAUUGUUAUCGUGUGUUGCAUUAGGACCACUUGCACUUGAUUUUAAUUACAAGAUUUUCAGUGAGGAACAAUUACUAUUUGAUGUUAUGUUAACCGACUGGUCUGUUAAACAAGAAGAAGAUGGAUACUAUCUUCGGUCUAGAGGAGGGAUUUCUAGAAUCGAGUUUCAUCCUGACUGUCCGAAAGCUAAAACUUUGGUUAAAAGAUUUUGGAAUAACCAAAAUAAACCUACCAAUGUCAUUGAUUUGGGUAGUAACGAUGAUGAGGCAAGUACAUCUUCCGUGAAGAGUAGAGACUGA